AUGUCUCGUGCGGGUGCAUGCCAAGUUUACGAUCCAGUACUGGGAACCUACGUGCCGCGAGCAUCCUCCACCUCCACCUUCCUCGGCUUAGCGCUGGAGGAGAUCAAAGUCAUGGCCUGCGUCGGAGCCACGGCGGCCGUGUGCUACGGGGCGUGGAGGUACUACAGGUACAAGACCUGCCUGCGCACCUACGGCCGGGACCUGACGGCCUUGGCGGUCACGGCCGGCGAGGCUGACCCGGUGGUCGGCCGCGACGACGAGAUCGACCGCGUCGUCCGCAUCCUCUGCCGCCGGACCAAGAACUGCGCCGCGCUUGUCGGCGCCGCGGGGGUGGGCAAGACGGCCGUCGCCGAGGGCCUCGCGCAGCGCAUCGCCGAGGGGAAGGUGCCCAAGCAGCUCGCCGGCGCGCGCCUGGUGGAGCUCGACCUCGCGGCCAUGGUGGCAGGGACCAGGUGGCGCGGCAUGUUCGAGGAGCGCAUGAAGAACGUGAUCAGCUCCGCCGAGGCGUCCAACGGCAAGAUCAUCCUCUUCAUCGACGAGAUGCACACGCUCGUCGGCGCCGGCGACUACCAGCGCCGAAACGACGCCGCCAACAUGCUAAAGCCGGCGUUGGCCCGUGGCCGCAUCCGUUGCGUCGGCGCCACCACGUUCGACGAGUACCGGAAGCACAUCGAGAAGGACCCCGCCCUGGAGCGGCGAUUCCAGAAGGUGCACGUCGACGAGCCGAGCGAGCAGGCCACCAUUGGCAUCCUCCGUGGUCUAAAGCAGCGCUACGAAGAGCACCAUGGUCUGCAAAUUCAGGAUGCUGCAAUUGUUGCCGCUGCACAGCUCGCUGGCCGCUAUGUCACCGGCCGACAAUUUCCUGACAAGGGAAUUGAUCUCAUUGACGAGGCUUGCACCAGCAGCCUAGAGGGGAGUGAGAUGAUUGUUGGUCCGGAUCACAUUGCACAGGUUGUGAGCCGAUGGACAGGCAUUCCUAUAGCUACACUUGAUCAAGAUGAGAAGGUCAAGUUAGUCCAUUUAGCGCACAGAUUGCAUGAGCGAGUAGUUGGACAAUAUGAGGCUGUCAAUUUGGUUGCAGAUACGGUGUUGUGUUCUAGGGCCGGUCUUGAUCAUCCUGGUCAACCAAUAGGCUCCUUCCUAUUUGUGGGUCUGACUGGUGUUGGAAAGACAGAGCUUGCAAAAGCUCUCGCCGAGCAGCUAUUCGAUGAAGAGAAGAUGUUGAUUCGCUUUGACAUGUCUGAAUAUGUUAGCCCCGGAUCUGUCCUGCGUCUCGUUGGAGCACCACCAAGCUAUUUGGGCUACGAAGAAGGUGGGCAACUAACUGAGAAAGUUAGGAGACGGCCAUACAGUGUUAUCCUUUUUGAUGAGGUGGAAAAGGCGCAUCACUCGGUGUUGAAUGUUUUGCUCCAGCUGCUUGAUGAUGGCGUGGUGACCGAUGGUAAAGGUCGGAAUGUUUGGGAAUACUUCAAGCCGGAACUUCUCAACAGACUAAGUGAGGUCGUGGUUCGGAAAUACUUCAAGCCAGAACUCCUCAACAGACUAAGCGAGAUUGUGAUAUUCGAGCCGCUUUCCCACCACCAGCUGAAGGAAAUCGUGAAUAUCCAGAUGAAGGAGAUCAUUGUUAGAGUGGCCAGCAAGGGUAUAUCUCUAGUUUUGAAGGACGCCGCAUUGGAUGUGAUUUUGUCAGAGUCAUACAACCUAAUGUACGGUGCAAGGCCUAUAAAGAGGUGGGUCGAAAAGAAUAUAAUCACAAUUAUCUGCCAGAUGCUGGUGAACGGGGAAGCCGAUGAAGACUCGAUAAUCACCAUUGAUGCUGCCAUGGACAAGAAGGGGUUGAAGUACCAAGUGGCGAAAAAUGAAACCGCAGCCGACUUGGUUUGA